AUGCAAUCGAUUCGUAGCAGUACAAGGUUGCUUCAUAGGAACCGUUUCUCUAUCUCCAACACUCUUCGUUUCACUUCGUCUUCUUCCCCAAGCUUGUCUGAAAAUGAAUCGAGGAUGCUAAAAGGGUUUGACUCUUCCCGUUCCUCCAGUGCUUUUGAUUCACCGGCGAAGUAUCUCAUUAACUCACUGACAAAGGCGGUUUCUUCCUCUUCCCCAUUACCUAGACAAAACUUUACGUAUGCGUCGAGGUGCUUUUCCACCAUUGGAGAUUCUGUUCAGUCGACUCCUCGAGGAUUCUCAGCUCCUGAUGUGCCUCCGAGAAUUAAGUUCAAGCGGCUUGAUAAAACCGCCAAGCAUAUCAUGCAGAUUGUAGACAAGGAGGCGGUUGAGGAAGUGAGAAAUGGUAGGGAGAUACCUGAGAUAAGGCCUGGUUACAUUGUUCAGCUUAAAGUGGAAGUGCCUGAGAACAAGAGGCGUGUUUCAAUCGUUAAAGGAAUUGUCAUAGCAAGGCGUAACGCUGGUCUUAACUCUACGUUUAGGAUUAGAAGGCUUGUGGCUGGAGUGGGAGUUGAAUCCAUGUUCCCCUUGUAUUCGCCAAACCUGAGGGAGAUUAAAGUGUUGGACAAGAAGAGAGUAAGAAGAGCCAAACUUUAUUACCUCAGAGACAAGAUGAACGCUCUCAAAAAGCAUUAGCACCUCAAUCAUAUAAACAGGGUAGUCUACUCCCUUAAACAAAAGUCUUGAGGGUUUUUUUCCUUUUUUGAACCAUGUAUUUGAAUAAUAAUGAUGGAUCGCUUGGAAGUUAUUUUUCCUUUUACUUGCUCCAAUAAGUCUUGGUUAGUUCAUUAAGUGUAAUCCGUCUCCAGCUUGUUAAUCAUAG